AUGCAGGACCAGAGCAUGAGAUACGACGACAAGCUCGCGCAAAUGUACACGGGCCUUAUGGACUCUGCACGGCAAGCUGGUGCAAAGCUUCAGGGCGUCAUGCAAACAGUCGCCUCCUCAACAGCGGAGACUGGACCUCCGAGCCGCGUCUCGCCAUCCGUGGUGAAGAAGAUCCGCGAUGUAGGUGACAUCUUGGAUGAAGCGCAAGCGGAUGUUUACAAAGAGGAGUGGCAGGCACUCAAGGUCACCCCCUCACUACUGCGGGCAUACCUUCCGCUGAUGAAGUACUACCCUCAGGAGGCCUUCAACGACAAUGUAGGAGACAAGUAUGUCAACGCCGCCACUCGCGAGAGCCUGUAUUUCUAUGAGAUGCAGUUCGCCACCAGCGUUGAUCGCCUUGAGAAGGCCGUGGAAAACCACAAGGUCCGCGAAGUCGAGGAGGCAUUCGCCAAGACUUCUUUGUCGUAUGACAGAUACUUGAAGGCCGGUGACCUGUACACAGGCUACGACCCCGUAACCUCCACGACCGUCUUCUUUCAGAACGUCAGCGAUAGUCAGUUGCAAUACACUCCGCUGGCCCUGCAGCAGCCGCAAAUUCGGGAUGAGGUGUUGGUGCUACAAGGUCCCGACAAGGGCAAGGUUGGGCGCAUCAUCUGGCUUGGUCGAGAGAACGGCGAGGACUUGGGCAGCAAGGUCCUGAGCGCCGUGGUGAAGCUAGAGCCAAACCCAGAGCUCGGGCAGUCUCGAAGUGGCGGUGUCCGGGAAGUCAAGGCCUACCCCUACUCGUGGCUGGUGAUGACACGUGGCAGCAAGGAGAGCUACGUCCAGGACCUGGUUCUGGCGACGGCAGCAGCGAUGGUGUCCUGCGCAGUGACGUAUCCUCUCGAAACAAUCAAGGCCCGCGUGCAGUCGAACUUGUCACCGAUCCCACCGGAAGGCCCUCAGGCUCUCAUCCAAGGCCUCGAGCUGAAUGUGCUUCGAGAGGCACCCAACGCGGGGUUUCUGAUGGCCGGCUUCAACUACUUCACCCGCUGGGCUGUAGGCCUGCCCUUUGUGAACGGAAAUGAUCCCAACCUGAAGUUCCUGCUGAUGAUCCCUUCAGGUGUUGUGGCAAUGUGCACUGGUGCCUUUGCCAAGACGCCGGUGAUUGACAUCAGCAAGCAGGUUCAAGCCGGGCUGGCCAAGGACACAGGCGAAGCUAUUGAGAAUGUGUUCUUCAAGCCCUCGCCAGCACAGGUGACGAAGAAGUUGGGCCGAACCUUCAUGCUCACCGUCAUCCGCGGGGUGCCAUUUGGUGCUUUUCAGUGCUUGAUCUAUGAGGUGCUGAAGGACCAGACGCCGGCUCUGCUUGAGAACAUUGGGGUGCCCAUCUGGUUCGAGCCUUUCAUAUGGGGCGGCGUCGCUGGCUUCUGCACUGGCUACUUGACGAACCCACCGGAUGUCGUUAUGCAGCGGUUGGCCAUCGAAUCCACCAACUCCAGUGACGAUGAUCCGGACAAGCCUUUCAGUGUCGGGGAGACUUGGGAGGAAAUCGUCCGGGCCACGCAGAAGAUCUUGGAAGAAGAGGGGCCCGCAGGCUUCGCCAAAGGCGGGCUUGAGAACGCCCUGUACUUCCUGCCUGAAGCGAUGGUCUGGUUUGGGGUCUACGAGGGCCUCAAGGGUGUGGCAAAUAGCGUUUCGCAAGCCUUCUAG